CCGCCCCCACCGCCUCCCUCUCGGAGCCGCUGGUUCGCGUCCCGCCCCGGGCCACUUCCGCCUCCGGGGCCUGGGCCGCGCUGCUUCUAUGGCCUGCCGCCUCCAGAAGCUGUUCGGGACCGACGGGGACCUGGCGGAUGAGGAUUUCCUCUCCGCCGUGGAGGACGCAGAGAACCAGUUCGCGAUCCCCUCACCAGUUCACCUGCCAGUCCCAGCCCCUAGCCAGCAGCCCCUCCGCCUGCUGGGACGCCAGCUGGGUCACCGUCCCAGUAAACCCCCCAGUCUACGGCCCCUCGCCGGGCAAGGGGAGCAGCCCGUGGGCUACCGAGGACCCCCGGCCAGGGAGGCAGCCCCCCAGGAUGAGCUGGACAAUGAUCUCUUCCUGGCCGUCUGCAUGGAGCUGGAGGGUCCCGAGCCACCAGCGGGGGCUGGUGCCGCUGGGCCAUCCCCUGGGCAGUGGGAGAAGCCCCCCCAGACACACAUAGGGCAGGAGAGCCCCCAGGAAUUGGUAGCCCCCAAGAAGCUGCGGGUGGGAGAGGAGCUGGUCUCUCCCAGCUCUGGGGGGGUGUUGGACAGGCAGCACCCCAUGCCCACCCCACAGGCAGCCCCCAAGCUGGUGCUACGGCCCAGUACAGCCAACGCCUGCCCCCCCAGGUCCCCAACCCCUCUAGGAAAGCCGGGUGGCUCAUGUGGCUCUGUCCUCACUCCCAGUGGUUCAGCCCCGAGGCCUUUCCAAGCAUCCCCAUGCCUACCAGGAGCAAGCAGCUCCUCUGUGGGGCCACAGGUGCUCCGGCCCUCCAUGGUACAGGCUCCCUGGCAGAGCUGCCCCCCACCCCAGAUGCCCCCCACCAAUCCGCCGGCCUUGAUGAGCUGCGUGGAGCCCGCGCUGAGGCAGUCAUUGCGGCCAGCCCUGGCCAACCUGCAGACGCCAGUGGUCACCAACCACCUGGUACAGCUGGUGACAGCGGCCAGCAAAGCACCCAGGGCCGCCCCCCGACUCCCACCGCAGGGGAAGACCCGCCGGUUCCCGGGGCCUGCCGGGAUCCUGCCCCAGCAGCACACUGGGAAGCUGCUGGAGGAGAUCCUCGUUUCUGCUCCCCAAACUCCAGCUCACGGGGCUGUGGCCAAGCCGCGGGUGGAGGGGCUGCCCAGCUCCUCGCCACCCACGGAAGAGGAUUUUGGGAAAGGCCCCUGGCUUGCCAUGAAGAUGGAGCUGGAGCUGGAUGAGAGGGACCCCAACUGCUUCCUCAGGACCUACAGCGUGGUCAUGGUGCUACGGAAGGCAGCCUUGAAGCAGCUCCCCAAGAACAAGGUCCCCAGCAUGGCGGUAAUGAUCAAGACCCUGACCAGGACCAACGUCGAUGCUGGUGCCGUGUUCAGGGACCCAACUGGAGAGAUGCAGGGCACGGUGCAUCGUUUGCUGCUGGAAGAGAGACAGAGCGAGCUCAAGCCAGGCUCGGUGCUGCUCCUGAAGCAGGUGGGUGUCUUCUCUCCGUCCCACCGCAACCACUACCUCAAUGUCACCCCCAACAACCUGAUCAAGAUCUACCCACCGGAGCCCGAGGGCAGCUUCUCGCAGCCCGCGCAGCAGGAGGUCCCUGCCCAGGCUGGGCUACCCCAGGACCACCCCGCACAGCCCCCCCGGGGUGUCCUUGCCCCUGGGGGCUGGAGACAAUCGAAGACGGGCAACCACAGCACAGAGCAGUCUCCUGAGGACUUCUCCCUGCACCCACAGAGCCCCGGGCCUGGGCAAAAAGAGCCAGUGGGAGUUGAUGGCUGCGAAAUGGAUGACCUGGAUGGACUCCUGGGGGAGCUUCCUGAGGAUUUCUUCUCUGCUGCGGCCCAAGCUGACUGCUACUGACCCCGGGAAGCUGUGGCAUGGCCGUGGGGCUGGGGAGAUGGGUUACUGCUGGCACAGUCUGGGCUGCACCGUGGCCCAGCGAGGACACCAAGGAAGCAGGCAAUGCACCGUCUGCCCGUCUGCUCCUUUCUCUGUCCGUCUGUUGUAUUUGUUCUGGAGCCGAGAGCCAGGGGGACACGGGGAGCCCUGGGUGGACACAGCCUCAGCACUUGUUCCCCCUCCUCUGGGCAAGCCGGCCCUCUUGGCUCCCAAAUCUGCAUUAAAGGGCUGUAUUGUCCCUGC